CGUCGCCCUGGCAAAGGACGCUUCACUCCGACCAAAACAUUCCAACCUGUUCGCAAAGCGGCCGCUCGAACGAGAAACCCACCUUCCCCACUUACGCUCAAGAUGGCCUCCGGACUCUUUCUCCUCAGACGCUCUCUUCUUCCCUCCUUCCGCCUGUCGCCUGCCGCGGCGGCCGCGUGCUGCACGACGCUCGUCGCCGCGCCGCUCCUCGUGCACCAGCUCCAGCGACCCGUGCUCAUGGACUCGUUCUCCAUGCAGCAGUCGCCCGCCCUGCGGACGUACCAGAGGGAGGCGAAGACGCCGAUUGUCAAGGACGGGAGGCUCAACGAGAGGGCGCUGCGGCAGGUCAGCGCCGGCAGCAUUCUGGGCCUCGCGGGAGGCGUGCUGGUUAGCUUCUUCUCGAAGCCGCUGGCGCUCUUGAUCGGGCUCUUGAUAGUGGGCGUGCAGGCACUCGAGUCGCGUGGCAUACACAUCGUUCCGUACCAGCGCAUUCAAGGCUACGUAAAGGGCAUCAAUUUGCGGGGUGCAUUGCAGGACAAUGUCGCGUUCAAACUGUCAUUUGGCGUGACUUUUGCGUUGGCUGCGUUUGCACAAUUCUAGAAUCUGCAUGUAUGGGUAUAUAGCAUAGCAAUAAUGGUGUCUCGGUGUCGCGCCGUCUAUGGAGGCAUUGAGCGUGCGGGAUUGACCUUGUACAUAGCAUAUCAGCACACCGCUCGCAAUCAAGCACGCCCCUAUCAUUGAUCCACAAUGCGCAACGGGUUUGUCAUCAAAAAGGUGAAAAAUGGAAUCCGAAAUGUUCAAAGUAAG